AUGAACUCCGACACCCAACUUCUGCUGAAGGAGAUCCAGAAGCUCUCCGUCGAGCAGACCACUAUCCAGAAGCAACUCUCUGACCUGAGGGAUCUCCUCGAGCGUCGCUUCAUGGAGGUGGAAGAGAACCUGGACCGCCGCUUCAAGGACAUUGAUGCAGCGGUGGAGCAGCGAAUCAUCGACUCCGAGCUCCGUCAGGACGGGAGCCUCAUCGCCAUCGAGCAGGCGGCCUCCGACUUCACCAAGUGGCGUCAGGAACAUGAGGGCAUCAUCGAUGACCUCCGCCUCCGCAUCGGCAAGCUGGACAAGUACUGGAACAGAUCGGUGAUCGAGUCGGCCGCCGUUCACAUCGAGUCGGCCAUCUUCCCCGAACCACCGAUGAACCGCAUUCGCCAAACUUCCUCUGUGCAAGAUUAUGUUGAUCAUUUUUCUGAACUUGUUGACCAACUCACAGCCUAUGAUUCCUCCACCAAUGCCCUGCAUUACAUCACUCGCUUCUUAGAUGGGCUCAAUGCAAAUAUUCAUGCUGUUCUUCUCGUUCAGCGCCCCGAUUCUCUUGAUAUUGCGUACACUUUGGCGUUGUUACAGGAGGAAGCGGGGGCGCCAUUUAGGAAACACGAGUUCAACCCAUGGAAUCAGAAGGGAGGCUGUCAACAACCUCCUAGACAAGACCAUGUCCAAGCUGCUGCCGCUGACAAGAAUGUCUUGAUACAGAAGCCAAUGGACAAGAAGCUUGCUGAUCUCAAGGCUUUCCGCCACGCCCGGGGGUUGUGUGAUCUCUGUGGGGAGAAAUGGAAUCGUGAACACAAAUGUGCAGCUCAAGUGGGCCUCAAUGUGCUCGAUGAACUAUAUGCACUUUUCACUGACGAAGUCACUGAGGACUGUCCGACAAUAGAAGACCAGUUGGCUGACGAUGUAGCACAGAUUUGCUAUUGCUUAUCAGCUGACAAUAUAGCAUGUUCUGGGAUAAAGACCUUGCAGUUCUAG